ACUGAGUAAAAGACCCCUCUGCAUUUACCCGUUGGUGUGCAUUGUCACACACCUUGUCCAUUGGGGGAAACGUGUUGGAGUGCGUCAUCAGUCGACUGCGCAGGAACCAAAGCGACUGAUGUUCUUGAACGUGGCCUUUCCUUUUCCUGCGCCUGCGCAGAAAGGCCGCCGAGCCAAAAUGACAGCUCUCUCCUCUUGUCUCUGUGGGAAGUCGACACAGCUGGUUGAUUUCUGGACACUUCAAAAUGGAAAGGAAUACAACAUUAUUCAGAUAUUUGCAUGGAAUGUAAUGACUAUAUAUAUAUAUAAUUUCUGAAAUAUUAAUGUUUUUGUUGUAGUAUCCGGUUAUUGUCUUCAUAUAAUUUGAGUUGAUAGUGUCUGUUCAGGUAGCUUGUUUGGUUUUUUGUCUAUCAGCAAGCUAACUGUUAGCUUUUACGAGAAGGCCAGACUUGUCUUUAUUUUCUGUCAUAAUUCACAUGAACUAGUUAGCUACCCCCUUUUUUUUUUUUAAAACAGGGAAUAAAUUAGCUAUACAUACCGUCGUGUUUGCUCUGUUUUUUUGUUGUUUAUUUUCAAACUCUUGAUUCUUGAUCGCAUUUAUUUUGUUGUUUUUUUUUGGACAGUAAAGGACGCAAGUAAACGUUUUUGUUUUACUGUUUACUAGUCUUAGUUUCUUACCUUUUUUUUGGGCUCUCGGACACUUUGUUUGAUCUUUUAUUUUAUGCAUUGAAGUAUUGCUUUUUUUCCCCACCAUGUUUCUGAUAGGCGGUGUGUUGCUUUGGCCCAGUUUCUACGGUACAAAACUAUAAAAACCAACAAACUAAGUGAUUUCAGUCCAUUUGACAACUCACAAUCAGCAUGUUUUUUGUUGUUGUUGUUCUUCCCCCUUCCGACGCGUUAGAUAUUAACAUUUAUUUCCAUUAAAAACUCAGCGACUUCCAUUGAACUUGCUCUGUUGUUAUUUUGGACAUCUUGUUGUCAUUGAGUUCCCUCUUACAUACGAUCCAGUUUGGUGUCCGGGGGACAUCGAGUGAACCCGUCUGGGUCCCUUUUGGUUUCCACCACCAUGUCUUGUGUACAUUAUAAAUUCUCGUCUAAACUCAACUACGACACGGUCACUUUCGAUGGCCUGAACAUCACUCUGGCCGACCUGAAAAGACAGAUUAUGGGUCGAGAGAGACUCAAAGCUGUCGACUGCGGCCUACAAAUCACCAACGCACAAACUAAAGAAGAAUACAAAGACGACGAGGCCCUGAUAUCCAAGAACUCCUCUGUCAUCAUCAGAAGAAUACCCAUCGGAGGAGUCAAGGCUUCAAGCAAGAUGUAUAACAUUGAGCGUUUUUCAGAACAGAAUCACUUCCCCGUUCAGAACCUUCCCGUCGGAUCCUCCAAAGGAGAUCGUUCUUCAGAACACAGUCACUUUUCCAUUGGAUCCUCUAAAGGAAUUGAUGAUCAUGCUUCAUCUAUAUCACUGGCCCAACUCUCAAAGGUAUACUAUAUAUUCUCUCCUCUUCACCCUACUUCUGUUCUCUCCUCCCCUCUUCUAUCCUCUUCCCUUCUAUCCUUCUCUUCUCUCCUUCCCUUCUCUCCUCUUCUCUCCUUCUCUUCUCUCCUCUUCUCUCCUGUUAUUAGUUAUGUGAAGAAGUUGACGGGGCCCCCUCCAGCCAACUACACCUGUUAUCGCUGUGGCAAGAACGGACAUCACAUCAGGAACUGUCCUACUAACGGGAACGAGAAAGGGUUUGAGCCGCCCCAGAGGAUCAAGAAGAGUACCGGCAUCCCCCGUUCCUUCAUGAAGGAAGUGGACGACCCGUCUAUAAAGGGAGCCAUGUUGACCAACACCGGGCACUACGCCAUCCCUACGAUAGACGCGUGAGUUUCCUCUGACA